AGAAAGAGAAAGAGAAAGAGAAAGAGAGGAAAGAGAAGUAAAAGAGAAGAAAAAGAAGUUUGUAAAAAAAAAUGGCUGAAAACGAAGUACCUUUUUUACGUUCACUCGACAACAACCAAAUAUCAUUCGUUAGAUUUACGAACUGUACAACACGCAACGUUGCUCUAUAUUGGAUCGAUUAUCAAGGUCAAGCCAUCAAUUAUGGCACUUUAUAUCCAGGUAGUUAUGUAGACAUCGAUACUUUUGUAACACAUCCUUGGAUCUUCGUGGAUGAUGAAACGAAAGAAAGGUUUUUGGUGAACCAGAGAGACGUAUUUUUUCCCGAGCCAUGGUUGGAAAAAUAUUUGAACUCAAGGAUGCAGUAUGUUCCCCAUAAGAUCGACCGAACGAUAGCCAAAAUUAUGAUACCGAUGUACACGCUUCUUGAAUUGUCAUUAAGAGCGAUUAAAAAUUCUCUUAAAUAUAAGGAGCAAGUUUACAAACUCGACAUUCCGAGGAGUCUUCAAUACGAGCUUGCUACAAGGCUACCGAGUAAAAACAAUAAUCAAGAGGAUUCGUAAUAUUUUUUGGAUAUCCAUGGACCAGCAGACCAUCUACGUCUCGAUGGUACAUUCGUUUUGAGUCCAACCGUUCGAUAAGUUCACUUUUUCUUUUUCUUUUUUUUUUUUUUUUAAUCUUUUCAUUCUUCUCUUUUCUUUUUUUUUUUUUUUCUUUUAAUUUCAAAACGCUCGGUUACAUUUUUCCCUAUCGUUCUCUCCGAUCUAAUGUCUUUACACUUUUAGUAAACUGUGGAUUUUUGUCCUUUUAUUAAAAAAAAAAUUUGUGAAAAGCACCUCACUUGACAAUUUUUUUAAGGAUCGUUCUACUCGACGUAUGGUUACUAUUAUUACUAUUCCUCUUUCAUAUCGAUUUUUCUAUUACUUUUUAUUUCGAUAGCUUGUAACGAGAGGAUUCGAAUUUUCAGCAUUACAUUGAUACUAUGUAAAACCGAGUUUCAAAUUUUUUUUCCAGUACGUCUCAUUUUGAAGAGGAAUGUGAACAAUGAAAAAUUGAAAAAGUGAGGAGAGAUCGUAUAUUCAGGGAAAAAUGUGAAGCGAAUGCUUAUCAUUGUACAGACGGUAAAGAAUUUGAUAUCUAAAUGUAUUAUUUUUUCUUUUUGAAUAUUAAAAUAGACGUAUCAAUUUUAAGUUUAAAAUUUAACUAUUAAGUCUUAGUAUAUCUUAUCGAAAAUAGUCAUAGAAUAUAUAUAUACAUAUAUAUAUGUAUGUAUGUAUGUACAUAUGACUGAGAUCGAUCAAAUCGCGCCCGUUACCUACUUGUUGUUUAUAAGUCAUUAUUUUUUAACUUAAUCGUUAAUUAAUUAUACAUUUUUUUAUUUCGAGAUUGUUUCUCAAAGUGUAUGUAUGCAU